AUGUCACAUCUCUGUCGCCCAGCGACUAGAGCGGCCUUGCGGUCUCUUCGCCAGUGUCCAAGUGCUGCCUUCGCCGGCCCCCGAACAACCCGAUCCUAUCAAUCCUACGACCAUCCGGAUUCGACGACAUAUUUCCACCCACAGGAAAAAACUAUCCUAUCCGCCGCCUACAAGCAUGUGCCGGAGCACGGUUUCUCACACAAGGCUCUCGCUCUUGGCGCCAAGGAUACCGGAUAUCUCGACAUCAGCACCAGUGUGCUGUCAGAUGGCCCCUUCAACCUGAUCCGGCACCAUCUUGUGGAAAGGCGGGAAGGCUUGGCUGUUAAGAGCAAGGAAAUACUCGGGGAGGGGUCGCAGUUUGAUAUUGACGAGAAAGUCGAGCGUCUCACGUGGCAGCGCUUGUUAGAAAACGCGACCAUCAUCGACCGCUGGCAAGAGGCAUUGGCCAUCAUGGCACAACCGAGCUAUGCGCCCGCUUCAAUCAAGGAACUGGCCAAACUAGUGGACGAGAUUUGGUUUCUUUCUGGCGACGUCUCCGUCGAUGCUUCGUGGUAUACUAAGCGUGCGAGCUUAUCCAUGAUAUACGCUUCAAGCGAGCUUUUCAUGACCAAUGACAAGUCCGCUGGUUUUCGAGAUACGAAGGACUUCCUUCGGCGGAGACUGAACGAGGUCAAGGGGGCUGGCGAUGUCCUGGGCUCCGUGGGACAGUGGGUUGGCUUCACAGCUAGCGCAGGUGUCAACGUACUGAGAAGCAAGGGGCUUCGAAUCUAG